GGUCUCUGUGAGGAGGACACUUAUGCAUGUGAACUGCAACCGUGUCAGAAUGGUGGCGUCUGCGACAGCCAACAUGGCGGCUACAGGUGCAUCUGCUCUCAACAGAACCAAGAUGGCCGACUGUACGGAGGUGAGAAUUGCACAGUCGCCCUCCUGGGCUGCAACGGCAACCGCUGCAAGAACGGUGGCAUCUGCUCUCCCCUCUUUCUGAACUACCGCCACACCUACACCUGCACCUGCCGUGCAGGCUUCACCGGCUCCAAGUGUCAGACGUCAACCAUCUUCUCCUUCGAGACCAGCGGCUACAUGUAUGUGGAGACCCAGCAAUCGGACCCUGAAGUCCCUCUCAACGUCACCCUUAGCUUCAAGACGGACCGGCCUGUCGGCACCCUCCUCCAGCGCCGGGUCGACGACCUGCUGCUCACCAUUGAGCUGGUAGACAGCCGCUUACGCCUCAGCAUGCUAAGAGCUCAAGGGACAAGAAACCCAGUGGUCCUGGAGCUACCGCCGAGCGUGGCGGACAGCCAGUGGCACACGGUGGAGGCCUGGCUGGGAGGUGAGGAGGGGGGGAGCGGUAUCAGGCUGCUUCACUCCCCCUGCGCUGAGGUGGGCUGCACCAGGGAGUUCCCCGCCACCGAGACACCCCUGCUGGAGCAAGGCUCCGGCCUACGAGAACCCAGCUCGGUCCGCCACAGCCUCUUUCUAGGAGGGGUGGGACUGGGCUGGGGCUCCGGUGGGGUGGCAGGGGAGAGGGAGGCUGAGGCUGCUGACCCGCCUGAUGCACCUGCCCCACCUAGCCCAGCUGCUUACUUCCUAGGCUGCUUCCGGGACGUGUUUGUGGAGUCACGGCUGGUAGUACCCGCCGCCGCCAACUCACCGGCUCAGGUCAACGUCACAGCCGGGUGCAGCGACAGGGACAAGUGUGAUGACAGCCCGUGUCAGAACCGGGGGCAUUGCGUAAACCAGGGAUGGAGGAGCUAUGUGUGCGAGUGCUACAGACCGUACGAGGGGACUACGGACUGCGCUGAGGGUAAGGCCUGAGGGAUGUGGUCUUGCAUGUCUGAAAACACUGUAAAUGUAGCAGCAAAACACUUGAACAGUGCAAAAUAUGAAAACAAUGGGCAUUAUGAAACCGUAACAUAAUACAAUAUGAGAGCCACACCUUCAGAAUAUAUUCAUAGGUUUUCUGCUCUAUUUUGAUAUUUUCCAUUCCAUUUCAAUAAUCUCACAUAUCCUAUUAGUGCAAGCGUGUGCUUCUCAUACAGCUUGGAUAAAUGUAGCUUACAACAAUAAAAUGGUCAAACUGAGAAGUAGGGAUCAUUUUGGACUUCACUAAGGACUCUGGUAUGAGUUUCAUAAACUAAAUCACCUGACAUCAACAGAUCAGCCUCAAUAGAAUCACUACAAAAUCUAAAUGGCUGGCAUCCUAAUGUGGCACCUAAGAUGUGGAUAAAAGUAGCCUGUGGCAGACUGCAAAGGAGCUUAGAGAACUAGUUAAAAUAGCAUGCACACACAUGCAACCGUGUAAACAUGCACGUAUGUACACACACACGUGUACACACACAUAGGCAUGCACACUUACACACACCCAUGCAUGUACACAUAUACAGUGAGGGAAAAAAGUAUUUGAUCCCCUGCUGAUUUUGUACGUUUGCCCACUGACAAAGACAUGAUCAGUCUAUAGUUUUAAUGGUAGGUUUAUUUGAACAGUGAGAGACAGAACAACAACAAAACAAUCCAGAAAAACACAUGUCAAAAAUGUUAUAAAUUGAUUUGUAUUUUAAUGAGGGAAAUAAGUAUUUGACCCCCUCUCAAUCAGAAAGAUUUCUGGCUCCCAGGUGUCUUUUAUACAGGUAACGAGCUGAGAUUAGGAGCACACUCUUAAAGGGAGUGCUCCUAAUCUCAGUUUGUUAUCUGUAUAAAAGACACCUGUCCACAGAAGCAAUCAAUCAAUCAGAUUCCAAACUCUCCACCAUGGCCAAGACCAAAGAGCUCUCCAAUGAUGUCAGGGACAAGAUUGUAGACCUACACAAGGCUGGAAUGGGCUACAAGACCAUCGCCAAGCAGCUUGGUGAGAAGGUGACAACAGUUGGUGAGAUUAUUUGCAAAUGGAAGAAACACAAAAUAAUUGUCAAAAAAAUCCAGAAAAACACAUGUCAAAAAUGUUAUAAAUUGAUUUGCAUUUUAAUGAGGGAAAUAAGUAUUUGACCCCUCUGCAAAACAUGACUUAGUACUUGGUGGCACAACCCUUGUUGGCAAUCACAGAGGUCAGACGUUUCUUGUAGUUGGCCACCAGGUUUGCACACAUCUCAGGAGGGAUUUUGUCCCACUCCUCUUUGCAGAUCUUCUCCAAGUCAUUAAGGUUUCAUGCCUGACGUUUGGCAACUCGAACAUUCAUCUCCAUCCACAGAAUUUCUAUGGGAUUAAGGUCUGGAGACUGGCUAGGCCACUCCAGGACCUUAAUGUGCUUCUUCUUGAGCUACUCCUUUGUUGCCUUGGCCGUGUGUUUUGGGUCAUUGUCAUGCUGGAAUACCCAUCCACGACCCAUUUUCAAUGCCCUGGCUGAGGGAAGGAGGUUCUCACCCAAGAUUUGACGGUACAUGGCCCCGUCCAUUGUCCCUUUGAUGCGGUGAAGUUGUCCUGUCCCCUUAGCAGAAAAACACCCCCAAAGCAUAAUGUUUCCACCUCCAUGUUUGACGGCGGGGAUGGUGUUCUUGGGGUCAUAGGCAGCAUUCCUCCUCCUCCAAACACGGCGAGUUGAGUUGAUGCCAAAGAGCUCGAUUUUGGUCUCAUCUGACCACAACACUUUCACCCAGUUCUCCUCUGAAUCAUUCAGAUGUUCAUUGGCAAACUUCAGACGGGCCUGUAUAUGUGCUUUCUUGAGCAGGGGGACCUUGCGGGCGCUGCAGGAUUUCAGUCCUCCACGGCAUAGUGUGUUACCUUGGUUGUUUUCUUGGUGACUAUGGUCCCAGCUGCCUUGAGAUCAUUGACAAGAUCCUCCCGUGUAGUUCUGGGCUGAUUCCUCACCGUACUCAUGAUCAUUGCAACUCCACGAGGUGAGAUCUUGCAUGGAGCCCCAGGCCGAGGGAGAUUGACAAUUAUUUUGUGAUUCUUCCAUUUGCGAAUAAUCUCACCAACUGUUGUCCCCUUCUCACCAAGCUGCUUGGCGAUGGUCUUGUAGCCCAUUCCAGCCUUGUGUAGGUCUACAAUCUUGUCCCUGACAUCAUUGGAGAGCUCUUUGGUCUUGGCCAUGGUGGAGAGUUUGGAAUCUGAUUGAUUGAUUGCUUCUGUGGACAGGUGUCUUUUAUACAGAUAACAAACUGAGAUUAGGAGCACUCCCUUUAAGAGUGUGCUCCUAAUCUCAGCUCGUUACCUGUAUAAAAGACACCUGGGAGCCAGAAAUCUUUCUGAUUGAGAGGGGGUCAAAUACUUAUUUCCCUCAUUAAAAUGCAAAUCAAUUUAUAACAUUUUUGACAUGUGUUUUUCUGGAUUGUUUUGUUGUUGUUCUGUCUCUCACUGUUCAAAUAAACCUACCAUUACAAUUAUAGACUGAUCAUUUCUUUGUCAGUGGGCAAACGUACAAAAUCAGCAGGGAAUCAAAUACUUUUUUCCCUCACUGUAUACUGUACAUACACAGUAAUGCAGAGAUAUACACACAGGCAGAGAGAAGCAGAUAAACAACAUCUGACUCUAGGAUUAAGGAAACGUUUAGGGAUUAAGGAGCCAACUGGGACCGCCUUCACUUUCCGUAAAACAGGGUUUCCCAAGGACUCUCGCAACAAUCCUCUAACGCAGGGGUGUCAAACUCAUUCCAUGGAGGGCCUAGGGUCUUUAGGUUUUAUUUUAUUCUUUCAAUUAAGACAUAGACAAUCAGGUGAGGGGAGUUCCUUACUAAUUACUGACCUUAUUUCAUCAAUCAAGUACAAGGGAGGAGCGAAAACCCGCAGACACUCGGCCCUCCGUGGAAGGAGUUUGUCACGUGCUCUAACGUGAUGGGUGGAAAUAACUGGUCUGAGUUCUGAGUACUGGUCCGCUUCACCUAGAAUCAGGGAUGGGCAACUUCUCGGGGCCGGAUUGCCCCAGCUAACACAACUGACUCCAAUAAUCAACUAAUCAUGGUCUUAAGUUUAGAAUGCAAUUAGUUUAAUCAGGUGUGUUGGCUAGGGAAAAAGUGAUACCAAUCUGGACUGGAGUUGCCAUCCCGGUUACUUGAAGGAGUAAUAAGGAGUGACAUAAACAUCUCAGGCUGAUACCAAGUCAAAGUUGGGGGCAAUUUCAUUUCAAUUCAUGAUUUGAAAACUUUGAGUCCAGAAUUGAAUUUCAAUUAACUUCCUGACUUGAAUGAGUUGAAAUGGAAUUGGCACCAACCCUGUUACCCAGGCUAGAAAACAAACAAAAGUCAAGUUUUUUGGGGGGGGCACUAGCACACGGUGGCUCACCCGGAGAUAGAGUGUUGUGUCUUUGUGUUUUGACACUAUCUCUCUCUGUUAGUUCUUCAUCUAUCCAUUUAGUAAUUGGGAGGAUAUAGUAUUUAACUUUCAAAAAAAAAUUUACUCUCUCGCUCUUUCUGUACCCACACAGAGUACAACACGGCCAGGUUCGGCAACGAGGAUGCGGCGAGUUAUGCCGUCUUCUCCCUGGAUGACCCCCUGGGUUCUGGCACCAUCGCCAUAUCCAUGUUCGUGCGCACGCGGCGCUCGAGCGGCCUCCUCCUGGUCCUGGCCAACAGCACUAGCCAGUACCUCCGCCUGUGGCUGGACGAUGGCCGGGUAAAAUUUCAGGUGAACAACUUAAAGAGCCUGUCGGGUCGGGUCGUGGUCAGCGACGGCCACUUUCACUUGGUGACGGUGCGGCUGGAGGGCGACUCGGUGACCCUGUUCCAGUCGGCCCAUAGCCAGGGAACCAUCCCCGUCCUGCCCGUGGUGGCUCAGCCGGGGGACCUGGUCUACGUCGGGGGCCUGGCCGACCAGAGAGCCUCGGCCUCCUUUGGAGGUUACCUGAAAGGCUGUGUCCAGGACCUGAGGAUUAACAGUAAACGGCUGCAGUUCUUCCCCAUAGCAACCCCAGUGGCCUCGUACGGCCUGGUGGAGCUGGUCAAUGUCACACAGGGAUGUACCAGUGACAACGCCUGUAGUGUGAGUAGCUGGAUAUACAGUAUACUAUACACAUAC